GUGUGCGUUGCAUGUACCCGCGGGCUGCUGUUUACCAGUCGAGGGGAUCCAGGUGGAGUUUUUAAACCGGAGAGACAUGGAUGAGGAGGCUCAGGACAGCGAGUGUCCGGUGUGUUACGAGAGUCUUUCGGACAGCACCAGGACGCUCAGCUGCGGGCAUCACUUCUGCCAUGACUGCUUAGUACGAACUCUGCUGAACACCAGCCUGAACGGAUCCAUGAAACGGGAUAAUAUCAUCUGCCCCAUCUGCAGACACCUGACAUUCAUCACAAAGCUCCGCGGAUUCACAGUCUCAACGCUUGAAGCCAAACGGAUCGGAAAGACACUGGAAGUAUCAUCUCUGCCCGCUCCUGUAUUCCCUGUUGGGUCUCACACUGGAGGUCUUGGCUGUAUCUGCAGGUGUCUGAGGAGUAUUUCAUGUAGACUAUGUAGACGAAGACUCGUCUGUCCUAAAGACGCUUCAGAAGUGUUUAUCAUCAGUGAGUUGGGUCGACCCAUGACAGAGGGUGAUGUUAUUGACAUUGGGACAACUUCAGCCAUGCAGCAGGACUACAGCAGCAAUGGACAGAGGCUUUGCACCAUCUCCUGCUGCCUUCUGAUCCUAAUGAUCACUUUCACCUUACUGGCUCUGGUGGCUGCCACACUUCCAUGGGUUUUGUUGGCUUAAAGUGUCCAGAAGUGCUUGUAUGUGGUCCCUCAUGUAAGAUAAGUCACUUUAAGAGCAGUGAAUAUCAUUAUUGAGCCAUGUGUUACUGAAAACGAGAUGGUUUCACAAGACACAAUGAAUGUUUUAUGAAAAACAGACGGUUAUUUUCUUUUCCAAGGCUUGCUCUGGCAUGUCUUGUGAACGUCUUGAGGGGAGGCAUACGGAGGUGGUUUCCUUACAAAACAGUCAAAUAUAUAGUGUUACUCCACAGAUAAACAAAGGUUUUGUUCUGGAAGCUGCAAGUUACUGUAAGGAGACUGGGUCAUUUAAACGUGAAGAAGAAAAGAUGAGCUGGUCGUCUGGUUGUCACUUGAUCUUGUAGAAACAAGGUGGGAUUCAGUUACAGCUACCAUGGACACAGCAAGUUUGAGAAUGGAGGACGGGGAAGGGUGUGAUGAGGCUUGAGCUUUUCUCUGCGGCUCGCAUUACCUGGAAGGAAUGAAACACACCCUCGCCUGUCCAGAAAUUCUUGUCACACGGGCUAGCAAACGUCUUUAGCUAGUUCCAGCCCUGAAAAUGACUAAUACCUCACAUUCUGCACAAGUUGACAGUCAUUACUUGAUUGGAGGGUGUUUCUGUGACGUACCUGUACAGCAAUGCUAUCGCAAUGCACUUCAGAAUCAUGUGUGUACAUGUUUGUACUAGUUCACCCCGCUGACCCAUGUGUCUUCUCCCAGAUUGCUCAGAGGUUGCUCAAGUGAUGUUAAUGGAUUGCUCAGUUUGAAGUAUCAGUUUGUAACCAAAUGUUUUUUUUUUUCAGUCAAAAAUACACGCCAAUGAGACGUAGCCUAUACUGUAAAGGUGCAGUCAUUUGGAGCUGUUCGUGAGUUGACAUCAGGCAGUCAUUUCAAUGGACCCUUUUCACUGACUGCGAUGACGCGUUUCCAUCGUUAAAAGCGUGCAACUAUUUUUUUUUUAUAAAAAAAGAGAAUGUAGCUACAUUUAAAACACUAUAUUUUGUGUUAAACUACCUUGCCAUUAAAUUACAGAAAAUUAGUUAUCGAGGGUUUCUAAUAUAGCUAUCAGCUGAGGGAGUGAUCGAAAAUUUGACAAUCUCUAAAAAAAAAAAAAAAUUGAAAUUAUUUUGUCCCCCCAUUUGAUAUUAGAGCAAAUGGAAAAGCAAAAAAAAUAGUG